CGUGUUUAACAUCGCAAUUGUGCUAGUGCAUGAUUACUACUCUUAUAAUACAAUAAUAGUAAAUCAUAAAAUUUUCAAUAGAUCAAUUAAUCUAUCAAACUGAUCUAAUAUGAUUAUUAUCAAAUAAUUAUUAUUAAAUGAUUAAUAUUGAGUAAUCAUAUUUGUUAUAGAACAAUACACCGUGCAGUGUUCGUUUUUUUCUUCAAAAAAUAGACUUCAUUACAAUUUAUAUAAAGUAAUGCAUGGGUAUGUAUGUACGUGGAUGCGUCAUCCGCUCGGCUAACGACCGUGUUAGUUGUUAUCUGACUUUCCGGCUUGACUCAACUGAGUAGUAAGAGGCAAUAAGGACCAAUAAUUGUGACACCAUGUUGGAAUUUUGCACUGCAGUCUGCAUGUAGCAAAGCGAAUGAUUCCAUCGGCUUUAAUAAAUUCUUCGUCUUACUAUCACGAUUAUUGAAAAACUUUCAAUGAUACAACUAUUGCAAAAUCCGUCUUCAUCGUCGACAAGUUGUCGUUCGUCAAGAUAAAAAAUAUUCAAUUUACGAGGUGCUAUUUAUGCUAUUAGUUAAAAAAAAAUUUUUCGCUCAUUGGUAGAUCCAUGAGCUUUAUUGCUGCGUGUUUUGAACACAUUUUCUAACUAAAUUUAAAUUAUUGAAUUGUGACGUUGUGUUUAAUAUGCGUCUGAAAUGCUUGACAUCUCGAUUCAAAAUCUUCAACAGUAAAUACUAAUUUUAAUAAUACUGCUAUGGUUAUGACUCGUAAUGCAUUUGUGACUGAUGAUCAUAGACUGAAACAAAACAGAAAUAUGUCAGCUACUGGAAUACUCAUAUGUCAUGUCAAUUCUUAUCCAUUUCAUGAAAGAACUUUAUCACUAGAACAUCCAGUGAAAAUUGGGCGUUCAGUUGCAAGAGUUAAAGCUUCAAAUGAUAAUGCCAUUUUUGAUUGUAAAGUGUUAUCAAGAAACCAUGCCUUGUUGUGGUAUGAAAGUGGGAAAUUUUUCUUGAAGGAUACUAAAAGCAGCAAUGGUACUUUUGUUAAUAACAAACGUCUAAGUCCAUCUGGUGAAGAAUCCAUAGCUUGUGAAAUAUGUUCAGGAGACAUUGUUCAAUUUGGUGUUGACGUUGUUGAAAGUACUAAAAAAGUUACUCAUGGAUGUAUAGUAGCUACUUUAAAACUUUAUUUACCUGAUGGAAAAGAGGCUAAAGCAUUAUUUUCAAAUUCUAUUGCCUAUGUCAACAUUACUCUUGAAGAUCUUUACAAAUUAAAUCAAUGUAUUCAAGAAGCAGGACGGAGAGAAAAUGCUCUAAGAUCAAAACUAGAUUACAUGCAGCAGUUGUUAGAACAAACAAGAAUUGCAACUAAUCAAGGUUGGAAGGCUUUAGUAUUAGAAGAUUGCUUAUUGUCUCGGCUGGAAAUGUUGGAAAGUCAAGUAUUAGUCUAUUCCAAAAAUUUUAAUGAAGAUAAAUUAAAAAUGGAAAUGUUAUGUUUAUUGGAAGAUAAAGUACAAUAUCAAACUGCUACAAAAGAAAUUUUGCAGAAAAAAGUUCAAGAAAAACAUGAUAUAGUCAGUAAAAUUCAACUUUUGAAGUGCAGAUUGUGUCAAUGUCAAGAUGAAAGCCAAAGUUUACAAGCUGUUUUAAGGAAAAAUCAAAGUGAACUCCAAGAUCUCGCGAUUAAGCAUACAAAAACUCAACAAGUUUUACAAGAAACAACCAACAAACUUUCAGAAGCUGAAAAUAAACUAAAGGAAAUGAUUCAAAAAAGACAUAAUGAAAAUGAAGAUAAAUUAAAUGAAAUCAAAAAAUAUAAGUACUCUGAUCAUAAUUUAAUUAUGAAUUAUAAUGAUUCAAAAUUAGAUUCAGUAAAUAUUCACAAACAAAUGAGUGCUUUAAAAAACUUUAUCAAAACACUGCAAGAUACCAACAAUGAAUUUUUCAUAAAUCAAGAAAGUUUAAUCGAAUUCAUAAACAGAAUUCUUAGUCACUGGGAUUCAAUAUACUUGAAUAUUCUCAAUAAUGACUUUCAUAAAAAUCAAAAUGAUGAUCAUUCAUUAGUCUCUUUGAAUGAUAUCGAAAAUGAUCAUACUACAGCUAUGUUUUGCAGUAAAAAUGAUAUCAUCAAUACUUGUACUAAAAAUUAUAUAGGAGAAUGUGCACCAACUAGUCAAAAAAUAUUCUUCAUAUCUGAUAAAUAUACUAACUUGAAGCAACUAAGACAAUAUUACAUAAAAAAAAGUAUGUCUCUACAUUCACGGUUUUCUUUUGAUCCAACUACAGACAUAAAAAGUUUGAAUUUCAAGUGUAAUAAUACUUCAGAUUGCAUUCAAUUUUUAUUAAAAUUUCCUAGCAUUAAAUACAAUUUAAAAAAGAAAAUAUGUAAAGAUCUUUUUACAUCGUUAGAAUUUCAAUCUUCUAAUAUGUCAAAUCAACAAAACAAACUAUGCAAAAAAAUUGAAGAAAAAGAAAUAAAAAAUCUUUUGACUGGCCAAGCUACAAAAUUAAAACAAAUUGCUGACAAAAUAAAUGAUAAUGUAAAUAAGGGUUCAAGUGAAGAUUUUUGCAUUAACCAAUUAAUUGAGAAAUGCAUUUCACUCAGUGAACUUCCAUGUUCAAAUGAUGUAAAAUUCCAUAGCGAUGAUAAUCCAAAGUCUUUAAAAGAUUGGCUAUUAUUAAAUUCAAUUGAAACAAACUCAAAAAAUAAUAUCAAACAUGAUAUAAAUUUAUGGAAAAUUCAAUUACAAGCUAAAUAUCUUAAAGAGUUAAGUGAGCAAUUAGUUAUGAUGAAAGAAAAAUAUAACAUGAGCCUUUCUGAAAAAUUGAUUAUAUCAAAAAAAUAUCUUUCAUUAGAAGCUAAGUGUAAAUCCAUUUCAUAUAAAUCUCACGUUAUAUCAAUUUAUUAUGUACUUCCAUUAGUACUUGCCUUGAUAUGGAUGCUUAUCGAGAAGUUGUUAUAACUAGCUAUUUUAAUUUAGUUCUUAAGAUAAAAAUUUAAUUUGUACAUUACAGUGAUUCAUAAAUGAUUAUUAAUGUAUACCAUUUCUUAUGUUUAUUGUAAACCUACUUCAUUUUAAAUUGUUAUUGUCAUCCAGUAUGACAAAAAAUAAUGAAAACUGAAUUUUGCUUUAGUAGAUCAAAAAACAGUUUUGAUAAUCAGGAAAAUUAUAAAAGUUUACUUUCGUUUAUUAUUUUUCAAGUCUUUUGUUAUUUUUGUGUUAAUGCCUAAAUGGAAAUUGUUGAUGCUUUAAUAAUUUAAUUAAUCAUUAAGAGAGUCAAAAAAUGUUGUAAAGAUUAUGUUCUGAAUACAUUCAACAGUUACUUCAAAUUAAAAAUAAUAUCCAUUUACUCCUAAGAAAUCAACCAUUUUCAAGCAGGUUUCAAUAUUCUUUUAAGUUGGACAAACUCAUAUUUGUAAUAACAACUUUAAAGGCUUUUUAAUUGUUGCUUACAUUUUACAAGAGCUAUCAUUUUUAUAUUACAAGUUUAUAAUACUAAAAACUACUCAUAUUUUAUAAUAAGUAAGUUCUUGGGUCAAUUGCUAUUGUUAAUAACUUACAAACCACCAUGUAAAGUUUAAAUUAGUAAUAAAUAACUCAACCGUUGUAA